CUCUGAUCUGGCAGAGCAGCAGAGGCACUUCAGCUUGAUACUUAAGGUCAAUAAGGCAGCUUUUCAUCCUGAGAGCUCGGACACAAACAAGUGGACGAUGGCUGGUGAACAACGCUUUGUGAUGAGUGCCCGCAUUAUCGGAGCCGUCUACAGGGACUCCCCAAAACUGAAGAUGUUUAUGAUAUGUGUGUUGUGGUCUGACCAGACUGAAAUCGUUGUCUACAGGUCCUUCAAGGAUUUCAAGAAAUUUCAUAUGCAGCUGAAAAAGAGGUUCCCUCACAUGAACCCUUUCAGGAAAAACAACAGAGUGAUCCCUACAUUUAGAGGGCAGGCCAGGAGGAACAGCCUCCAGCAGAACGGAUCCAAGCGAUCUGUCCAACGCAUGAAGUUCUUGGAGAGCUACUGCGACAAGCUGUUGAAGUGCGACCCAACGGUGACUCAGAGCUCCAUGGUUUUUCAGUUCUUCGUGCCCAAAGAUCACGACCUGCAGUCGGACUUCACCAAGAACAGCAUCAUGAUCCUUCUGUCUGAUGAUCUGCCUGAUGGCUCAGGUGAAGGAGGCUGUGAUGUGAGGGGCCAGCUUGCAGGCAGCGUCACUCACCCGUUUGUCACCCAGACGUACUGCUGCGUGGCCGCUUACGAGACAAAGGACACCAAGAACCGUCCAUUUAAGACCUCUGUGGACGAGAAGCUGGAUGUUUUGAUUAAAGACCCUACAGGUUGGUGGCUGGUGGAGAACGAGGACAAGCUCUUGGCUUGGUUUCCUGCUCCCUACCUGGAGUUAUGGGAAGGAGAGGACGAUGAGGAUGCUGGAUUCCAGCUUGCAGGUGCCCUGUACUGCGCAGUGAGGAGUUACUCAACCAAGAAGGAUGAUGAGGUGUCAGUGCUCAUUGGCUCAGUGGUGGAAGUGCUGAGGAAGUCUGACAACGGCUGGUGGCUCAUCAGGUUCAAUGGCAAAUCAGGUUACAUCCCCUCCAUGAACCUGAAACCAUACAACAACCCACGGGCAGGCCUUUACAGUCUGCAGAGAAAGCUGCACAGUUCCACUCUGAACCUGGCAACCGGCAUGGAACCUCAGGCUCCUCGUCCACCCGGCAGCAAUAACCAAAACAGGCCACGGUUGUUUUCCCUAGGUCAGACAACAGGGGAGCCUAGUGUGCCAGGGCAUCUCCAAAAGGCCCGAUCUCUGGAUGUCCUAUCUGAGAACUGGUCGCCAACACUGUCGAAGAACGACGCCUCAAACUCAGACAGUCGUGCACGAAGCCCGAGCAACACAAGCAACGAGAGCAGCUUCUCAGACUAUUCAAGCAGUGAAUCAUCGACUCCCACCGACAGUCCCACAGCCUCGUUCCAGCCUGGUUCUAGUGACCUCACUGUCUCUGACCGCCGCGGAUCCAACACUAGCCUUGACAGCUCAAAAUCCUUGGGCUCCAAAGGCAGUGAGGCGGCUUCAAUCACUCCCAGGGUGCCACCCAGGCCGAAAACAGAGGAGAUCCUGACCCGCUGCACCACCAUGACCCGCAAGGCAGCCCUGGCCAACAAGACCCGACUUCAGAUCAGCCGGAGUUGAUCCACAACCGCUCGGGAGUCACCAGCCUUUGAUCUAUGAAGUAUCUAUAUGACAUAUUGAACCUGUUUGACCCCAUAGGGUCUGUCAAUCAAGUGUGUUUUGUGCAGCAUUGUUUAAAUCUCUAUUUUAAAUGUUUGUCCCACAAAAGAUUGAAGAAAUAGUAAUCUUGAUGAGAUAUGUUGAAAACCACAAGAUACCAUAACAAUAAUGUAGCUUCAGUGAAGCAUCAGAAGGACAAGAACAUGUGUGUGACAUUGUCAUCCAAGUGUAAACAAACUUCUUUCUAGCUUUCUAGGAUUUUUGUUGUUGAAGAGGAGGUAGAAGUUGUUUUAUUAGACUGCAUUUGAUGCAUCCUUCUUUUCCAUUCAUCACAGUUUUUAAGACAUAAAAAUGUGUUCUGCAAGUUCAGAGCUUUUUGGUGAUAACAAUUAUUAUUAAUCACCAAAUUAUCAAGCACCUGAUAUUUGCGAUAUCAUUUACAGCAGUAAUGUAAUGUUCAUACUAUGUUAUUGUUCUAUGAGCAGACUGAAUUCCAGUCUGAAGACUUCUCGAUCCAUUUCCAAAUGAAGGCAGCACAAUGAUGGGCGAGUCAGCGGACGAGAAAGGAUUACCGGUUUCCUCCCGGGACUCGUUCUUAAUUAUUACCUUUCAUUUCUGUUUUGUUACUUAUAGUAUGGUCAUUUCUAUUCACAUAGUGCAUUAUAACCUGUUCACACGUUUCACAUUGAAUAAAUAAAAUGUUCAAGAAUCACAAGAA